AUAAAACUUAUUUAUCAAGGUUAAGAAGAAGGUUGUACUAUCACGUCUAGCCUUUGUUGAUGUUAUUACAUUAUACAUAUUGAUAUUCAUAAUAAUGGAAGUUACAUUUCUCAUUAUUUUCCUCACCGUGUUUUAUAAUGUAUAUGCUGUUACAGAACCGGUUGUUCCAACAGUGUAUGGAGAUGUCCGAGGAAUCAGAAAUGAAAAUAGCUUGCAGUUUCUCGGAAUUCCGUACGCGUCACCGCCAGUUGGACCCUUGAGAUGGAAUGAUCCAACUAUUCCAGCGUCAUGGAGACCAGCAACAUACAACGCCACAUCACGCAAACCAGGCUGUCCUCAGAAAUAUUGCUUUCAAUUCUUGCCAAAUACUAGCUGCCCAAUGCAGAUGUCUGAGGAUUGCCUAUACCUCAAUGUAUGGACACCGGCUGACGCUACAAACAGUUCCGGAUAUCCGGUGAUGGUUUUUAUCCACGGAGGUGCCUUCAAAUGGGGAUCAGGAUCAACAUUUACUUAUGAUGGUAACAACCUAGCUGCUGGUGGAAAAGUGAUUGUUGUCAACAUGGACUAUAGAGUUGGUAUAUUAGGGUUUUUAUACACUGGAGACUCGUCCUCAGACGCCAAAGGUAAUUAUGGAAUUCGCGACCAACGACUAGCAUUACAAUGGGUACAACAAAAUAUUGUUAAUUUUGGAGGAAAUCCAUCUAAGGUAAUUCAUAUUACUCAAGUGACCCUAUUUGGGCAAAGUGCCGGUGCUCAAUCAACAUUUAUUCAUUUGAUGUCACCUAAAACUGACAGCAGUUUGUUCCGAGCAGCUAUUAUGGAAAGUGCUCCGUUUUCCGUUCCUUAUAGAGAAAAAGACGAAGCGCUUUUCCUCACAAGCAGAUUAAGAAAAAUUCUAAGGUGCCCUGAAAUAGACAUUAUGUUAUGUAUGCGAGCAAAAUCAGUUGAAGAAAUAAAUGACGCACAAGAAGAAAUAUCAGUAAAAGUGACCGCUGGAAAAUUCAAUGAAUAUUAUGAACCCAUCGGUCCUAUCAUUGAUGGAACUGAUCUUAUAACUCAGCCACUGAAAGCAGCGACAGAAGGGAAAUUUAGAAAGAUCCCGAUGAUUAUUGGUACUACCACUGAAGAGGCAAGACUGUUUGUGUAUGGUGCUUGGACACGCAACCUUACCCGUGCUGAGUACGAAGCUGCUCUGGCAAUAAUCCAUCCACCUCACUUUGAAGACAUUGAAAUGUUUUAUAAACCUAAACCUGAUUUAGAAGAUUACAGAGACGACUUAUGUGUUGUUUGCACCGAUUUCAUAUUCACGUGUGCUAAUAGAAAUGCUACAAGAAAUAUUUUAGCAAACAAUGAUCGUGCAGUGUAUCAGUAUGUUUUUGAUCAUGCAACAGCUACACAUGGUGGAUGGGGUAAGGACUCGUUCUGUGAAGGCCAUGUAUGUCAUGCUGAAGAACUUGGUUACAUUUUUCAAAACCAACGCAUUGGAAAACCAACAUUGGAGGAGACACAGCUAGCUAACAGCAUGUUGUUAUAUUGGACCAACUUUGCUUAUUCACUUGAGCCGAAUAUUGGUAGAUUUUCGCCG